ACAGUGCAUACGUGUUUGACGGUAAUCUCUUAACACACAACAACAACAACAAAUUACAACAACUCUCAACACAUUUGCCAACAGAGAUUUUGGAUUAUUGUUGGUGUGAGCGCAGGAGAACGAGACAAAACGGUUUGUUUUGAUUCUCAAUAAAAAUUACGCUUUGAUGUAGGGGAAUGCAACAAAAACAAAAAUCUGGCUUUUUUCGUAAGGCCGUGUGCUUGUUCGUUCGUUUGAGUGUUUAAAUGUCUUUGGCAAAGUAAAAAAGAAGAAGAAAAAAAAAAAACUAAGUGAAAGAAGGAAUUCCAAAUUCCAAUCGAAAUAAUUCGGUUUAAUUAAAAUUUAUGCUCUACGAGGAUAAAUGUGAGAGUGCGGUGGCCUUUAUCGGCAAUGUUCAGUUCUUCACAAGUAAAUGAACUUGAAUUUUUCAAGAAACACAACAACAAUAACAACGACAUUAACUAGGAGUAGUGGAAAAGUAAACAAAUCACUGUGAAUUGAAAUGAGCGCGCUUUCAGUGUUGUCGUCGCGUUGUUCCUAAGUGGCGAAUUUGCAUAAUUCACAAUUUCGAGUUCUUGAGAAGCCCGCUCGCUCAAGGAGUGUAGUAGAAGGAGGGGAGAAAAAAAACAGAAAUCUUUUGCAAGUCACAUUAAUUUUCCCAGAGUUUGUUUGGCCGGAGGGGGUAGUAGGUGCUGAGUGCUGCCGCCAACAUUUCUUAAAAUCGUUGUACACCGACAUCAGCAGCUGCAAGCAUAGCUUAGCUUCAGCCUGCAAACUUAUCGAGCAAAACAGAGAAAAAGGUGCGUUUGGCAACGGCUCUCGAGUGUCUGGGCCGGCUGUCAAUCACUGAGUUUGGUUCAGAGAUUAAAAAAAAAAACAAAAAAAGUGUCAAAGUGUGAGUGCAUGCAUGUGCAUGUGAGUUAAAUGCAAAAUAGAAACAACAACAAAAAGGUGUUUACAUAAAAUUCUCUAUGAAUUGCCAGUAAUUUGUGAGCGAUUUUCUGGUUUUCUAAAACGUAGCAGAAAAUAACACCAAAAAAAUACAAAAAAGCAUAAGAGGAAGUAGAUACAAAGAAGAAGAAGAAGAAGAAAGAAGAAGUGUUUACCUAAAACAAGCCAACGAGCCAUUUUAAAAGCUAAAGAUGUUGUAUCAAAGUGUUUGUGCUAAAAUAUCAUAAAUUUCCAUAAAUUACUGCCCUCAUAAUUUUACGCGACAACGACAUUUUCCUAUUGCGAACAAGGAAAGCCACAACCACACAAUAACAACAACUUCAGCGUUUACUGCAAAGCAAUCAUCUGCUGCCAUCAUCAUGGCCCAACGAUCUUUGAAAUCUUGGCCUCACCAAUCCCCCCACCACAACAGGAGACUGCAACUCUACAAAGCCAUGAGUUUACCUGUGUUGAUGUUUCUGGGCUGCUGUUCGUGCCUCAUGUUGUGGCCCCAAACGACUAUGGCCACGUUUGACUCGACAAUGCAAGAUUUCGGAUCCGUUACAGCAAAAGGUGAGAACAUCUUCAUGCUUGCCGCCGCCACCAGUGCCAAUAAUGGCGAUGAUCUUGGCAAUGGAUUUCCGGGCGAAAUAUUAGCAGACGCUGAUGACAAUGACUUUGGCCAAGCCACAGGCCUAGACACAGCAGCAGAUGGUGCUGAUAUCGGCAAAGCCACUAAUGUUGCUGCAAAAAUGCCAAUUGGCAGAAAAGAAGAACCCAGACCCAAUGCUGAAGACUUAGAAAUGAUGCAACAGCCAGAGCAUUACAAGAAACGCAUAAUGGGCCAACAACAACAACAAUUGGACUCCCAAGAUUUGAAGCCAGCCAGCCAGCAUGAGAACAACAGACAUCUAAGAUACCAGCAAAUACAGCAGGCUUUGAGGGAGCCCAUAACCCCGGUGCCGCCCCAUCGACAAGAACGUCACCAUCACAAUCCACAUCAACACCAACAGCAACAUCGUCAUGAAAAUGCCAAACAGCAGGAGGAAUACAAAUGGCCCUUGCAUCAGCGUUCGCGUCACCAUUCGCUGGCUCAUCAGCAAAUGGCCCAUCUGCACAGUCAUCGCCAUCAUCAUCAUCCACAUCAACAUCGGGAACAUUUGCAUCAUCAAAGGAGACAUAAUUUGAGUGCUACUGCAACCACAUCAACAACAACAACAACUACCACCACUCUAAGGCCCCGUUAUUUCGAUCGCGAUGGCUUGUAUAGCAAUCCUCUGGCUUGGAUACCCAGCACCGAGGGCCCUUUGGAAUCGGCCGAGGGGAAUAAAUCGCCAGGCUCCAUCAAAAAGCAUCUCUUUAAUCCCCACAAUCAUCUCUUCAAUGAUGAGGAUAUGUUGGAAUUAAGCGAAGAUGACCAUGAGGCCAGAAAAAAGGAAGAAGAAUUUAAACGGAUUUCCUUGUCCUUGGAUGCCACCAAGGAUAGUGGCGCAGGAAAUGACAAUAAAUUGUUUGAUGCGUUACAUUUCAAUGACAAUGAUGGCGAUGAUGAUGACGACACAGCCGAUGGUGAUGAUGAUGAUGAUUAUUCCUAUGACGAUGACAACAAUAACAACGAGAAUGUGGAUUUAAACCGAAAUCGUCAUCCACCAACAGGCCAAGCAGUAAACACUGGCAAAAUCAAUGUUAAGCGCUACACAAAUCCCCAAAGAGCUCCUUAUAAAGCUUCGUUGCCAUCAUCGCCAUUGUCAUCCUCCUCCUCCCCAUCUGCUUCCAGAAGACGCCAACAGCUUUCCUCGGCACAGUCAUUAUAUGGUCCUUCGCCUGGCAACGAUGACAAUGAGGAUUAUGACAGCAAUGAUGAGAAUACUGCAAAUGGCAAUUCUGCUAAUGAUGAUGCUGAUGAUAAUUUCUCCGAUGAGAAAUGGAAUAAAAUCGAACAUGAGCAUUAUCGCAAACAAUUGCAACAUCAAAAGGCCAUGCAGGCAUUGCGCUCCCGUAGACCCACCUCCACUAUGGAUAACAAUUCACCCAACAGCAUCAUCAGCAACAAGAACAGCAACCCAAAAUACCCGGCAUCAGCUAAAUCGGCAUCAACAGCCAAACGUCCAAUUAUAAAUGAGGACGACUCAGAUAACAUCUAUUCGCGAUAUUAUGUGCCCGGCUCGGUAACACGCAAAAAAGAGGAAGAGUUGGGCUCACCCAGUGCUGUAUUGGAGUCUAGGCGACAAUAUGCCCUGCAACAAAGACGUAAUAAAGCCUUUGCCAGUGCCCAUCACAGCCGCAUUGUGAAGGAGGGCUCCUGCCGUCUGCCACAGCCUCGAGUGGAACGCAUUCGUCGCGAUUCUUGGAAAAUCUAUACGCCCCAUUGCACCAUUCUUCAUCGUUGUGCCGACGAUACCGGCUGUUGUCCCACAGAGCGCCAGACUUGUGCUCCCAAACGCACAAAAAAUGUGGAUCUCUAUUUUUUCGUUAUCACUCUCAAUGAAACCCAAGGAUCCAUAGAACGUCUGACAUUUGUAAAUCACACCGAAUGUCAUUGUGUGGAUAAGACCAAACAACGAUCGGCUCUGUUUGAUGGCGAUGAUCCCACAUCAGAAAUUGCCACUAAUCACAUACCCUAUCUGAGAAGGGCCACCAUACUCAAUUGCAAUUGUCCCAAUCUGUAUGAGAAGAUACUGCAGGAGGAUGGUUUCUGCCGUUGCGAUUGUUCUUCGGGUAAUAUGGGAUGUGAUUGGCUGAAGCGAGGCAUGGAACAUUUCUCGAUGAAUGAUAGAAAAUGCAUUACAGAGGGCCGCUGCAAACUGCCCACCUGUGAGUAUGGCAAUUAUAUGAAGAAAUUGGGUCGUUGUCCGAGACGCGAGGAACGACAAGUGGACACUGUUGAUUGGUGAACCCUCCAGCCAAUGCUGAGGGCAACUACAACAGCUCGAGAUUUUAGCCAUAAUUGAGCGUUUCCUUACCCCCAAAGAAACGCCAACAAAGUUAGCAAAGUUAAGUAAGCGUUAAGAGAGACGAUGAUAACAUCUACAACAACAACUUCUUUUCAAAGGUUUAAGAAAAUAGUAGUUGAGCAACCAUGGGCCUAAGGAGAGAGAGACAAAAUCUCUUCCCUAGGCCCACUAUGUUAUUAAAUUUAAAACAUAAACGAUAAACAAAAACUUGAAAGUAUUAAAAAAACAAACAAAACGAUAAGCAGAGUAUAAUUUAAAAAAUUAGAUUUUUUCGAAAUUAAGUAAUGUUAAAUUUUUUGAUUCAUCCCAAAAACAAAAACGAGAUAAAGGAAGAAAGAGAGAGAAAAAAGAAAACACACAGGAUUAUCAAAACCCUCAAUAACGACUUUAGAAGGAAUCUACAAAAAAUUAGCCAAUAUUGGUGCAAUGUUCUUGAACAAUAUCUUCUUCGAUAAAAACAAAAAUUAAUUAAAACUCUAUGCAAUUAUAUAUACACACAUACCCAUAUACAAUACAUAAUUUAUAAAAAAACGAAAAAAAAAACAAAUACAUAUAUGUGGCAAUAUUAUGGCAAGACCCCCUCCAUAAAAUUAAUUCUAAACACACAAACGAAAACCCCCGAAUUAAUUAUUAGUGUUCUUUAGCAAAAAAAAUUAAACAAAAAGAAAAGAAUAUUAUAAGCAAAAGCAGCAUAUCCUUUCAAUUCCCUCCUAUUACAGUAAAAACAUACAAUAUACUUAUAUAAUAAUCUUAUCUUGUAUUAUAUUGACUUUAUAUAUUUACCUACAUUUUAGUAAGUCUGUUUUCUAAGGGAACUGCAUUUAGAAUUUACGAAAUGACGCAACAAUCUCUAACCAUUCAUCUUGCAAAAUCUCUGCAGAUCAUGUAUUAUACAUCGGAAAGAUAUUCCUGCAUCAAAACAACAGUGGCAAACAAAAUUUUCAUUAUUCAUACCUAAACUGAACCAAUUAAUCUGAACAUCUACACCGAUAGCCGAAAGCCGUAGCAAAUUCAUGCACCUGUGGAGUCAUUGUCAUAAACUGGCGUUGUUGAAAUUAUUGACAACUUAAGGUGUCAGUUUUGUGAACGCUGGUAGUUGGUUUUGUUAACCAUUCGCUAUCAACAUCAUUCCUACACAAUGCAUGUAUGUAUUGUAUAUCAAGGUUGAGCGACUCUUAAAACAUUGCAUGUACAUACUCGUCGGCGACGACAAGGUGGGGAUGGAUGGAUACACCCAGAUUCGAUUCUCAGCAGUACACAAAAAAAUCUUCCAAUCUUUAAGAAAAAACCGUAUACUAGACAGACAGACAUUAGACAGAAUGUGGGCGCCUAGGUACAGUUCCUAACGUUUAGUUCACAAAAAAAAAGUUGUUGUCGAUUUAUGAACAUUUGUGGUUGAUCUAAUAACAUAUGUGUGCUGUUUCACUGUAAUGAACCAUUAGGGUCAACUUGACAAAAACGUGCUUGUUGAUUUACUUUUACGAACCAAUAGGUAACACUUUGAUAACCCCGUGUUUGAUUUUUUCAUUGGGUAUAGGAAUACCUUCAUAGUUUAAUUGGCUAUGACAGAAUAUUUGUUCCACUAGCCGAACGUAGAAUUGCGUUCCAAGCGCCUCGAUUUUCUGCGCUCAUUCUAAAAUCUCUGACAUCAACUUUCGAGGUGACCCCCACAAUUUGAUCUUUCCAUCGGGCUUUUGGUCUUCCCGUUUUGAGUGUACCACCGUGUUUGCAUUCAAAAGACUUCUUUGCUGGAGCUUCUUCAUCCAUUCUGACAACAUGACCUAGCCAACGCAGCCGUUGUAUUUUGAUGCGUGUAACUAUGCUAUCGUCGUAAUACAGUUCAUACAGCUCGUGGUUCAUACGUCGCCUAUAUUCUCCGUUAACGCAAACUGGUCACAUAUAUUUUACGAAGAAUCUUUCUCUCAAAUAAU